CUGAACCCUCCGCUGUUCUUCGAGAUCGUGGAGGACCAGGUGUACCGCUCCAACAAGUGCGACGCGUCGUCGAUCCCGUUUCUGGCCACGCUGCAGCUCAACACGGUGGUGUAUCUCUCGUACGACGACCUCUCGCGCGACUUGGCGGCGUUCUUCGCCGAGAAAGAGAUCAAUGUGAUCCACCUGGGCAUGAAAUACCGCACGGCGUCUUCGCAAUGGAAAGGAAUCUCGGAAGGAAUGGCCAAGGAGGCGAUCGAGUGCAUCCUGGAUCAGAGACGCCAUCCCAUUCUCGUUAUGUGCAAGACUGGUGUGCACUUUGCAGGAACCAUGAUCGGCUGUUUGCGGCGUCUGCAGAAUUGGAGCUUGACUUCGACUAUUGAUAAGUAUCGGAACAUUGCGGGCAGUGUCAAGACGAGGUUCGAGAACGAGCAGUUCAUUGAGCUCUUCGACGUGGACUUGGUCACGUUGCCGCAACAACUGCCAUCGUGGUUUACGGUCCAUCAGCGACUAAUGGUA